AUGGCUACGUCCUCUCCACCACCACCACCACCACCCCAUGCAGUAAUUUUCCCUCUCAUGGCCCAAGGCCACACCAUUCCAUUGCUAGACAUAUCCAAGGCCUUGUCAAGCCGUGGCCUGAAAGUCACCGUCGUCACCACCCCUCAAAACGCACCGUUUAUAAGCUCCAAAGUUUCAGACUGCUCGUCAAUCUCCAUCUCCGUCGUGCCAUUUCCAAGCGUUCCUGACCUCCCUCGAGGCUGCGAGAACACCGCCAGCCUCCCUUCCAUGGAGCUCCUCGUUCCUUUCAUCGCAGCCACCAAAAAAAUGAAACAACCAUUCGAAGCUCUUCUGAAGGAGAUGGUGGAAAAUGGUUCCCGCCCAAUUUGCGUAAUCUCUGACUUCUUUCUCAGUUGGACUCUCGACACGUGUCGCUCUUUCGACAUUCCACGUGUUGUGUCGCAUGGGAUGGGGGUGCUGCCCAUGGUUGUUCUUAAAACCGUUUCUUCCAUGGAUGUCCAACGUGAAACGACGUCGGUUUCGGGUUCUGUAGUAGAGUUGCCCGAUUUGAGUCUUCCGUUCGCAUUGGAUAGGUCCGACUUACAGCCCCGGAAUAAUGACCCGGAGGAUGACCCGUUUUCACGUAUGAUAUGGGAGGUUGAAGAGGCCGAUAGGAAUAGCUGGGGUGUGAUUGUGAAUAGCUUUCAGGAGCUUGAAUGCGAGUACGUGGCUGCAUUGGAAGCUUUGCACAAGCAGGCCAAGGCAUGGUGUGUGGGGCCCGUUCUGCUCUAUGAUUAUAUUCCACCAGGGACUCGUGGGUCCCACGAUAAGAGUGAAUCAUGUCCCUACAUCAAGUGGCUGGAUGAGCAAGACGGAUCCAGUGCGGUGAUCUACGUGUCCUUCGGUACACAAGCACGGUUGUCGGGGGAUCAGAUGGACGAGAUCGCUAACGGGCUGGAGAUGGCAGGAUGUCGGUUCAUUUGGGCCGUCCGAUCGGGGACCUGGGCUUCGGAUGAAGGAUGGGAGAGAAGGGUGGAAGGGAGAGGGUUGGUUGUAUGUGAUUGGGUGGACCAGCGGAGUAUCCUAGCACACCCAAAGGUGGGAGGGUUUUUGAGCCAUUGUGGGUGGAACUCGGUGUUGGAGAGCUUGUCAAUGGGGGUCCCUCUAUUGGCCUGGCCAAUGGGAGCAGAGCAACCACUGAAUGCCAAGUAUGUUGCAAUGGGAUUGGAAGCAGGGUUAAUGGUUUCACAAGGGCGGAUCACUGCCCUUGAUCGCCAUGUGAUUUGUGAUGGAAUAAAGGAGUUGAUGGGAGGUGAGAAGGGGAGGAGGGCUAGGGAGAGGGCAGGACUAUUUGGGACCAUGGCAAGGCAUGCCGUGGAGAAAGGCGGAUCGUCGGAUAAGAAAUUGGAUGAAUUGAUCAAAUGCCUUAUUACCAACAAAAAGGAAUAA